GCAGUCGCUGGGCGCGAGUGAAAGCUGCGGGAACCUGGGCAGAUGCUGGGCUUGUGCACAGAAAUAGGGGUCUUGUAUUAAAUCCAGCCACCACCACACACACACACAUAGACACACAUAUAUAGACACACACACACAUAUAUAUAUAUAUAUAUAUAUCCCUGUGACUGUGUGAAGCAAAUGGCUAGCGGUGUAUUGAGGGGCAGUUUGGGUGGGGGCAGCUUGGACGAGCCCGUCUUCACGCAACUCAAAUCGGUGAGUCUUCAGUCGGAGGAGCAAGCGGCGGCGGCGGCGGCGGCGAUGUUCGAGGGCAUGAAGAGUCCGGCGGUAAGGAUGCUCGGGGCGGACGACCUGGCCCAGACUAGGUGUGAGAUGGAGAAGUAUCUGUCUCCCCAGCCGCUGCCAGUCCCAGAAGUGAAGAAGUACAGAAGGGACAGUGCCUCGGUGGUGGAUGAAUUUUUCCAGGACGAACGGACCUCACCGUACAGUGUCAACAUCAAUGUGAUUCUGCCUGACAUCACUUAUCUGCGAACUGGCCUUUGUAAGCCACAGAGACCGUCCAUGGUUCAGCCCCAUUCAGAGGUGGUUACUGCUUUUACCCAGGCAAACAGAACACUGACGACCCAGGCCUUGCCAGAGUUCACCAGUGUGUUUAACACUUCACAGUCGACCGACAUCAGCACUGCGUUUAUCAAGCAGGAGCUGCCUUCCCCUGAAAUGCAUCUCCCUGCAUCCCCGCAACAAGGUCAGUUGUACCAGCUACUGAGCUCCCCAGACUUGGUAAACAUUCCUGGUAACGCUUCUCAUGCACAAAGUAACGUGGCAUGCAUGGGCAACCUUACCAAUGCUUCCGUAUCAACAGGAAUGACUGGCAUGAACACGCUCGCCACGGUGCAGCCACAGACAGCAUUGAAACGCUACCAUUCGAUCUCAUUGGGCACGUUUACUGGGUCAACACCUUUCUUCUCACAGCAGCCUACCUACCUGCCACCCUCACCACCAAACUCUGAGCCUGGAAGCCCCGACAGGCAACCAGAACUGCUGCAAAACAUGACGCCACCUCCAUCAUAUGCCGCCUCUAUUGCCUGCAAGUUGGGGUCGCCCACUGGAGCCCAUGCCCUCCCAGCAACCCUGCAAGUAACGCAACAGAAUGUGCCACCACCUAAGUUCAACCGGAGAAACAACCCAGAGCUGGAGAAGAGAAGGAUUCAUCACUGUGACUUUCCAGGUUGCUCUAAAGUAUACACCAAAAGCUCCCACUUAAAAGCACACCUGAGAACUCACACUGGAGAGAAGCCUUACAAGUGCACCUGGGAAGGCUGUGACUGGAGAUUUGCACGUUCCGACGAACUGACUCGCCAUUUCCGGAAACACACCGGGGCAAAACCCUUCCAGUGCACGGUGUGUAGCCGCAGCUUUUCACGUUCCGAUCAUUUAGCCCUGCACAUGAAAAGACACCAGAACUAGAACCUGGAUCCUCUCCGAGGCUGAUGUUCAUUAUGCAAACAAGACGUUGUUGCCCAAACAAAAUACCAGACGACCAUUGUGUAUAUGGUAACCUUGCUGCCAGGGCUUCUGUACCUCUGUAUAGAGCAAAGAAGUUUUGAUGAAACACAUAACCUUGACUUAAGGUUUUAAAACUGGAACCCUAUAUUUUGUACAUAUUCACUGGGAAUUAAGAGCUAUGUUUAAUGGAGAAGCUUUAUGAAAUUUAUAAUGGGAUUUGGAUUUUUCUUGGUUAUUUUAGGUUUGCUUUAUGUAUAAACUAAGCUCAAGUCCAUUUCAUAGACACACUUGCACUACAGUGUAGUUGGUUAGUACUGGCAUUCACAUCUGCCGAGUUCACAUGGUUAAACUUUUUUCUAAUGUUUUGACCAAAGCACUGUAUGGUCUUGACAGUGUUUAGUAAAUGUAGCCAAAGACAUUGAAAAAAAAUCCCACAAAGGGCACAGUGUGGACUAAUGCAGAUAAUUCUUUCUACUGAAGACAAAGGGAAUUCAGCCUACUUAAUACUUGAGGUUACCGAAUCACUUUAUGGAAGUUCUCAUCUCAUCAGCAGGAUGUCGGGUGUUGAAUUUAACUGUACAGCUACAAAAGGUUACUUGGGCUAAGGCAGCUAACCUGAAGUUAACAAGACAAUAUUGCAGAAUCAGCAUACAAUUGGGGUGCUUUUCUAUAUUUAGUGAACAGAAACAAAAUUACUUUUGAGAUUUUGGCAAGCUGAUUUACUCUGACUUUGCCCAAUCUUGUUGUUGUGUCCUGUGUCUGAAGUUAGCUUUCCAUCCCUGUGACAUUCUGACAUGAUGUUACAAGGCUGCCUGCAGUAGGGAAGAGGGGUUUGGCCCUGUUUGCUGGAGAACAUACUUGGGCUGCAGUCAGGAAACUGCAGUUAACGGGUUGAAGCCCCAAGUUACUGGAGGUUUCACUUCCAAUUCCAAGUGCGACUAGGAAUGCAAUUUCUUAUCUGACUUGAUAUUUACACUUCAGUUUUAGCGUCGCUGUGAGGCUAAAGCUGGUGUGUAAAUGUGGCCAAAAAUAGCCUCUACGUGUACUGGAAAUUCCCAGUGCCCUGUGGAAUUGGAUUAAUUCUCCAAAAGGCUGACUCUUAAAGUUUUUAUAGUUGUUUUAACACUCCAUUCAAGUUUGAAACUACUGCUGCAAUAAAGAUAUUUAUAUAAAUAUAUAGAUAUAUAUAUACUGUACAGACAGUGGCACUGCUGCUGAGUAGAACGUCUCAUUCAGCACUCAAAAAUAGUGGAAUUAUUCUUCUUUUGAUUUUUAUAAUUUUUUUUCUUUUUUAAAAACAAUUUGACAUGACUCUAUUUCUGAUGCACCUCUUUAUUGUGUAUUAAGCCUGAUCAGGAAGCUGAGGAUGUAGUUUGACCACACUUAGCCACAGGAUCAGCAUUGUAUGCUGAAAGCUUCAAAGCAACAGUUAUCUCUUGUUUGCAUACGUGGGCAGUUCUAUCUAAAGGAACCUUCGAUUUUUCUGUUGCAAGGAGCUCCAGAUCUCAGAUCAAAGGUCCUUUUCCCCCCCCAUUUCCUGGGGUUGGGGGGAAAACUGGAGAGGAGAAGACAUCGAUUUGUAUUUCAACUGUUGUGCUAUAAUGCUGUAAUUCUUGAUGUGUAUUGUCAAAUUGAUAAAGUGCUUUUCUAGCUGAAUGGGAAUAUUAUGCAUUUAUGAGGUGUGGAAAUUAUUAAUAAUGGGCUGUGUAAGCUUGGGCUGGCUGAUUUAAAGAAGGUGUUUGAAGUCAAAAGCUAAUCUCCACUUGGGUCUGACUUUGUGAUGAGAAAAUGCUGUUUAAGAUAAUUAUCAUUUUGUUUUAUUUAUUUCUAAUCGUAAAAUGGCUUUCUAACCGGAUCGUUUACAAACCUGUUAAAUUAUAGUGUUCUUCAAUGUGAUGGCUUGGCAAGAAAAGGCAGCAAGAAUGUGUAAAUAGCAUUAAAAGAUGUAUAUAAUUUUAUAAGAUGCUGCAAAGUUUAUACUUUGAACAAAGGGGCAAAUGUGGCUGCGUCAUUUUUGCUUCUGCUUGAUUUCCUUCUUUGUUAUGUUGUAUUUCCCUUAAGUUGUUGUGGCUGUAUAUUACUUUCUACAACCUGCAUUAAAUAGAAUGAGAAGGUUUGUGUUUGAGGGGGUUAAAUGUAAAUAAAAAAAAACUUCAGUAAUAAAAUGUUUUUCAAAAAA